AUGUCGACGGCUUCUCGAACACCGUCACCGUCUUCACUAUCAGCAUGUGGAGUAUCGACGUCGACGGCCACCGGCAACAUAUCCUCUCCACGGUCGAAGACGUCGGUGGCAUCGUCGACGAGAAGUGAUUCGGAUGUGGUGGUGGUGCCGGAGCACAAACCGUCGUCUUCUUUCUCAAUUGGGCGACUCCUUUUCAGAAAAGGUAGCAGUUCAUCAACUUCGCCAGUUUCAGACUCUGUAGAUUCUGGAAAAGACGACGAAACGGGACGAUCACCUGUCACAAGUAGGCCUGGAUCUCCGAAUCCUGGAAGAGAGAAAUCUCCUCAAAUGUCAACAACGAGAAAACUAGCUGGAUUUGCUAGCAGAUCGAUUCGAAAAAGUCAAUGGCGUCUGUUCAAGCAUCGGACAUUUUUCGGUUCCCAACGAAGCAGUAUGAAGAACAAAAACCAAUUACAACUACCUCGUCUCACUCUACGACAUCCAUCGAUUGAUAGUUCCGCGAUGCCAUUGCAAUUAGAUGUUGAUGAGAAUCCGAUGGGAGAAUCAGGUGGAGGAGGAGCUCGUGAUGAUUUUUUGCAGAUCAGAAGAAGUACACAGAGAAGAUGGACCGAUUCUGAUACUCAGGGCCGUCUUCGUGAUUCGCGUGAUUCGUCGGAUUUCAACGAUUCGCAUGACACGCUAGACGUUGCCGGUACGAGCACGCACGGCGUCGCCGAUUCGUCCUCGUCCUCCCAUCACCAUCACAAUUAUUCGAUGACAGCCCCCGUCUCUCCGAACGUUCCUCUUUCAGCGAGCAGUUCGCACUCUGAAGGAUGGAAGUAUUCGUCACAAAAGUUGUUAUGGAAGCUCAAGCCAAAAUACGCGUACUCUCAUGCUAGUUCGACGUCUUCUUCAACAGAUUCUGCAUGGAAAUCAUUGGAUAGUAUGACAUGGAGAUCGGUGGAUGGAGCAGAAGUAAUUCUUCGUGGUGCUCGUCUCGAGAAUCUUUCCGAAAUCGAACGAUCGGCUCUUCAACUGCUCGCAGCUCAGCGUCUAACUAAAAUGCUGCCAGGCCUUAAUCUAGGAAAACCAAAAGACCCAUUGUCAGCUCUUCGUCAAAAACGGCAAAAACUUGUGAAAAGUAAUCGAACACCGACAGUUGCUGAUGUGCAGAGACGGGCGUCUGGGACACCAAUGCCAGAGGAAAAGAGAGUUUUCGGAGUGUCGCUGGCGAUGUGUAUGAUGAAUGAGAAGAGAUUGGAUCAGGAGAGUCGGUGCAGAUCGUUAGAUGAUUCCACGGUCAUUCUGCUGAACAAAUCCAAAGCGAAACCAACAAAAUCCGAGCCUGAAAUGGUUGGUCAAACAAUGCCAGAAGAUCGUAAAUGGCUGUAUCCAUCAACUCAAAAUCUCUAUCCAACCUCCACUUCCAACCCAUCAUCACCAUCUCCUCUUAUUGGAUCCGCCCCUCCAACAUGCUCUAUUCUUCCAUCUGCAAAUCUUCUCUCUGCUGAACCAGUGGAACCACAACAAGUCACUGGAAGAUUCUUGAAGAAACAGCGUCCCGCAUCUGCUUCAUUCUCGUGCUCCCUAGACGCCAACAUUGAUGACGUCGAUCCGCAUGCUCUCCAAGUUCCAAAAAUCGUGGAGAACUGUACACAAUACCUGAUGACGUACGGAUUGACACAAGUUGGAUUGUUCCGUGUAGCUGGAAACACGAAAAGAUGCAGACAAUUGAGAAAUGCGUUAGAGAAAGUUGGUGGUGGAGCUGUUAUCAAUGAUAAUAUGGUAGAGAAUACGACGUCUCAUGACGUGGCAACUCUUCUGAAGGAGUACUUCAGAGAUCUGCCACAGAGCUUGCUUCCAGCGGAGCACUAUUCGGCUUAUAUUGGAGCAGCAAAAUUCAACAUUGACGAAAGAAUUGAAGCAAUCCGUCUUCUAUUCGCUCUUCUUGUUUCUCCUAACCUGGAUACACUGUUUGUUCUUCUGAAAUUCCUUCACGAAGUGUCUUGUAACUCACAAGACAAACAUAAUGCAGCUGGAGAUUUGGUACUGCCUGGUAACAAGAUGGAUGCCAGGAAUCUCGCCACCAUAUUCGCUCCCUCCAUUCUUCGUGUUGAUCAUGACAAAUUGCAAGAGACGUUGGCUGAAAAUGAGUCACAAGUGACGAUUGUGGAAACGAUGAUUAGUAAUGUUGAAGAGAUUUUCAAGAUUCCAAAAGAACUUCAAUGCAAAAUCUACACAAAACUGCGAGAGACAGAACCAGAUCGCCUUGAUAAAAUUCUAAAUCACCUCUCAAAAAUGGACAGCCACGAAUCUCAUCCCGGAGCACUUCUUUCGCCGUUUCCUGCCACGCUGGAAGAAGAUUCUCCACGUCAUCACCGUCACUGUGAUCAUUCUCACAUCGGUAGACAAAGCCCAUUGGCCAGAGAACUGACAACAAAUGGAAAAGUUAAAGUUCAAUCACAAAGAAGUGGGUCAUGGCCAUUUUCUCUGACAAAGACUCAAACUAGUCCGAGUCGUCCAGAAGCUCAACACUUUUUCCCAGAUGAUUCCCAAGAUGGACAAGGUCCCAGUCAAGAAUGCACAUCUACAUCUGCACUGGGAACCAAAUCCGCGUCAACGACUCCGGCACCCGGACGGAAAGCUGAAUUCAAUUUGAAAGCAGCUGAUGAUUCUGGACGGGAUUCUGAAUUUUGUUCUGAUGAAAUCACAUUCGGAACCGUUUCACAGCCGGAGACAUCUAGAGAUAGAGUUGAUACAUUGUCUGCUGCAUGUAACAGUGGACCUUCAAGUAAUUCUUCUAAGAAGACCCCAAUGAUGGCGUCCCUACAAGGAGCCACCACAUCCAAAUCCGUCGAUGCUCGUUCCCCAUCUCGUGAACGAGUCGACAUCCGCACUGCAGCUCGGUCAUCAGCGGCGGCCGCCCGUCGACGCCUUCGAAACGUCGUCCGCGCGUUCCGCUUCACAUCGAUGACCAGAAGCACUCCCGACAUAGCCCAAUCAUCCUGA